AUGUUGGGUGCGAUACUGCUGUGUCUGCUCCCGACUGUUGCUCUAGGUCAGGGUGAUGUGAAGUGGAUAACUAUCGACGGGGACAGUGCCGCUCCCUCGUUCUCUCUGGCUUCAUGCAACAUCUCCUACCAGUUCCACGUCGAUCCCCUCACUUUGGAUCUCAUCCAUGAUCAUUGGGGCGCGUAUGCAGCUGAGACUGUCCCGCAGUUCGACGGCGUCACCGGCGGCUGGGGAGGCCCCUACACCUAUUCCCUCCGCGAGUUUCCUGACUCUGGGCGAGGUGACUUCAGAAUACCAACUAUUCACAUCGAACACUCUACAGGCGAUACAGUGUCAGCCUUUGCGUAUACUUCGUACGAGGUCAGCGCCGGUAAACCUGCGCUUCCGGGCUUACCGGCAACCUUUGGCGCUGAUGGUGAUGUGUCGACGCUCACGAUACACAUGUACGACAACUAUUCAAGCAUCGCGGCAGAUCUGUACUAUUCCAUCUUCCCCAGGUACAACUCGGUUGCGAGAAGCUUCCGGAUAACCAACAAUGGGAGUGAGGAGGUCAAAAUCCUUCGGGCGAGUAGCUGGAGCAUUGAUAUGCCGAAUGAAGAGCUGGACAUGAUUGACUUGCAUGGUGACUGGGCUUCUGAGGCUCGCGUAAACCGGCGAAAGGUGGUAUACGGCGAGCAAGGCUUCCGAUCAACAGCUGGAUACUCUAGUCAUUUCCACAAUCCCUUCCUGGCCCUAGUUUCUCCCACAACCACCGAGUUCCUGGGCUCGGCGACAGGAUACUCACUGAUAUACACUGGCUCGUUCGCUGCUACAGUGGAAAGGUGGUCCACGGGCUGGGUCAGGGUGCUUCUGGGACUCAACCCACUGCAUUUAUCGUGGCCGGUUGCCCCAGGCGAGACGUUCACGUCACCCGAAGUGGUGUCAGUCUUUUCGAAUGAUAAGGGGUUGAAUGGAAUGUCUCAGUCGCUCCACGCAUUGUACAAGAACCACCUCUCACGAUCCAACCACACCUUUGAGACGAGACCGCCACUUCUCAACUCAUGGGAGGGGCUCGGAUUCGAUUUUAAUCAGACUUCGAUGGUUCAUCUCGCGCAGCAGGCGGCUGAGCUUGGCUGCUCCCUGUUUGUGAACGAUGAUGGGUGGUUCGGGACGACCUACCCUCGCGACAACGACACGCUGGGGCUUGGAGACUGGACACCGCAGCCUGCCAAGUUUCCCGACGGACUUGGGCCGUACGUCGAGGAAGUAACAGACAUUACGGUCGCGAACACGACGUCCAAGAUGACGUUCGGUCUUUGGGUUGAGCCAGAGAUGGUUGAUCCCAAGUCCAAUCUCUACAACGAACAUCCCGACUGGGCAAUGCACGCCCGCAGUCACAACAGGACUCUGGUGCGGAAUCAACUCGUACUGAAUCUCGGGCUGCCCGAUGUGCAAGACUACGUCAUCAGCACCAUCGAAAAGGUACUCGACUCUGCCGAUAUCAGCUACAUCAAGUGGGACAACAACAGAGGCAUGCACGAGCUGCCUUCCCCAGCGGCCAACCACGCUUACAUGCUCGGAAUGUAUCGUGUAAUCGAUAACUUGACGCAGGCGCACCCAGAAAUCCUCUGGGAAGGGUGCGCGUCAGGGGGUGGACGGUUCGAUCCGGGAUUGCUGCACUACUGGCCGCAGAGCUGGACUUCGGAUGACACAGACGGACUGGAGCGUCUGUUCAUCCAAUUCGGAACCUCGUACGCAUAUCCCCCAUCAUCCAUGGGCUGCCACGUCUCCGUCGUCCCCAAUGGGCAGACCGGUCGAACGACUCCGUUGGCUUUCCGGUCUGCAGUAGCCUCCAUGUGCGGAAGCUUUGGCUUGGAACUGGAUCCGUCGGAUCUCGAACAGGCGGACCUGGAUGCCAUCCCGGGGAUGAUCGCCCUUCAGCAGCAAAUCAACCCAAUCGUCAUCAACGGGAAUUUCUAUCGACUAGCAACACCUGACGAGUCCAACUGGCCAGCCGCCAUGUUCGCCUACCCAGAUGCUAGCUCGGCGGUCCUGUUUGCGUUCCAAGUGCGGUCGUCUCUCAAACCUCUCCCUCCGCCUUUGAAGUUGAAGGGACUUGACCCAGAUGCGAAGUACACGGUCGGCAACGGCACGGUGGGCACGACCUGGUCGGGGUCGACGCUGAUGAACAAAGGGCUGAGCUUGAGCUGGCCUACCGUGGACUAUCAGAGCAUCAUAUUACAGCUGCAGAAGCAAUGA